AUGGCACCCGUGGAGGCGGAUGCCCUCAACUCGAAUCGCGAGCCUCUGUUUCAAAUCACGGCUGCCGUCGCGUUCGUCGAUCUCUCCCUCGUGACAGUCCUCAGGUAUAUCAGCCAUGCUGAUCGCGCCGUGCCCCCAGCGCAGAAGACGCGCUACCGCGAGGAGCAGCGCAAGAAAAACAUUACCACCUUCGGCUCCCUAGCUGUCGCGAGCCUUCUGGUUCUGAUCUAUCACUGGAGCUGGGCGCUGCUUAGUUCCUACGAGGCCUGGGCGAAUGAGCAGGGCGAAGCAACCCCGGGCGCGUUGUGGGAUGGCUGGUACGCGGGUACGGACGAUUUGGACUGGCAGCUCGGGAGAUGGUGGCAGGACGUCAAUCCCCUUUAUGAAUUCAAGCGGGCGGCUCUCGGCACGAGCAAGGCCCUCUGGUGGACUCAACAGCUUUUGAUUGCUCGUCUCGCAUUCAGCGCCUUUGUAGGAAUUGAAGGCCGCAGACGCGACAUUCCAGGUUGGGCAGCCGCCGCUCUCUGGGGCCUGGCUGAGUUCGCAAGCCUUGGUCUCGCUCAGAGCCUGUUCUUCGUCAUACUUACACUUACUUCAAUCCCUACUACGAGGACAGAGCGCGGUUCCAGAUGGGCACCCCACGAACUCAUCUAUAUUCUCCCAAUCACGGCAGCUUCGGGCCUUAUAGGGUUUCUACCCGGUCUUGCCUCUAAUGACGCAGGCUGGAUCGCAGAAUACGGUGCUCGCCUGAGUGCCUUCUUCUUGGCAGCAGGGACAAGGUUUGUGCCAAAGACGUUUGGCAAGCAGCAUGCAGAUGUGCGUGUUGCACAUCAUGCAGAAGCAAGGGUCUACAGCGCGGUCUCGAUCGUUGCGACCGCCUUCUUUCUGCGCAGUACUUUUUGGGGAGCUCUGUUGAACUCAGGUGCUUCAUAUCACAGACGCUACAACUUUGUCUGGUCGACACACGACGCUUACGACAGGCCUUGGUGGUCAAAGCUCGCUUCCGCGUCUGGCAAGAUCCUGGGCGCCAUCAGCGACGAUCCCGUUAUUGGUCUUAUUGGCUGGGAUGUCCUCCUUUCCGGCUUCAGUCUCUGCGUUUGGGCAGCUUCUCGAGGCCUAGACGUCACAGAUAUGCUCAACAGCAUAGUCCCUCCAUUGAGGAGACAGAGCACAGAGGCCAAGUCUUCUGUCAAGGAAGAAACCCCCGCAAGCCCUACUGAGUCCCACGGUUCUUCGCCCGCCAGGCGUCGCGGCAGACCGAAGAAAAACCAAGCUUCUGAGCCUCCUUCCCCUGUGACGAGGCGCAGCUUGCGUAAACGGGCGGCUACUCAUGACUCCGACACCCAUGGAUCUGACGCUGGUGAUGCCUCAUACACGCCUCCACCCAACAUUGCAGAACGAAUUGCCGACUUGGAGCACGAGGAGGAGCGUGAUGACACUGUGGCAGAGGAUGCAGAGGCGUCUGCCUUGGCUUGGGGAUUGUCCCUCAUUGGCGGUCUUGGACUGAUGAGCGCGGCAGUGAUGGGUGCUGAAGUGCGUAGCGGAUAA